AUGUCUUUCAUCCUCCGUCAAUCCAUUCGAGCUGCUCGUCCAGUCUCCAUCGCGUCCCCCACCAAACGUACAUUUGCUACCUCGAGUAUGCGAGCUUUAAAAGAGAGUGAUAGACACGCUCCAGAAAAAGCUGCGGACUAUGAACGUCAUAAGCAAGAUCAAUUGGCCAAGCAAAAGGAGGGAAAGAAUCACUGGAAACCAGAAUUGGCUAGUGAUAGUGAAGAAGCUGUAGCAGCAGAUCGCCACGAACAUGAUGAUCAUUCCGCAGAGGGAAUUAAGGAAUUACAAAAGAAGACUGAGGGACAUGCCGAAGAGAAACACAAGUGA